AUGAAGGAGCAUGUUGCGCUCACCGGCCUCCGCGCCGUGCAGCCUCUGGCCGUGGCCGCCCUGCAGCACCGCGCCAGUGGCCGCCCGGUCUCCCAGUGCACGCUCGUCUCCCCGGACAGCGGCAGCUCACGCGGAGACGCCUCUCCCACGGCCUGCGCGUGCCUUUGCUCCGCGCUUCGUUCGGCGGUCACGCUGCGCCCGGCCGCGCGCCCUCCUGCCCGCGUCAAGGCUGCCCGGCCGUGCGCUGUGCCGCACCCCAGGACACGGCCUGCGCGCCGUCCGGCUGCCCCGGCAGCGCCUCGCGCCGGCCGCACCCGGCUGCCCGGCAUCCGCGCCGCGCCCGCCCGCCGUCGCCGCAUGGCCACGCCGGCCGUGCCCGUGGCGGCGCUCUGCCCAGCCGCCCGGCCGUCCCACGGCCUCCGCGCCGUCGACGCGCCCCGCGUCCUUCCGCCCGGCUGUGCGCCGCGCUGCGCCCGCGCCCGGCCGUCCGGCCUCCGCCAGGCUGUGCCCGUGGCCGGUGAGCCCGAGGGGCGGUGGCUGUUGCAGUAA